AGAUAUCAAGAACAGCAUCUAUUCAACUGAUGAGUUCCGAAUGUAUUCGUUUAAGGUGCGCCCUUGUUCUCGCGCCUACUCCCAUGAUUGGACUGAGUGUCCAUUUGUUCAUCCAGGUGAGAAUGCUCGAAGAAGGGAUCCUAGGAAGUUCCAUUACAGUUGUGUUCCUUGUCCCGAUUUCCGCAAGGGGGCAUGUAGACGUGGAGAUAUGUGUGAAUAUGCACAUGGUGUUUUUGAAUGCUGGCUACACCCUGCUCAAUACCGAACCCGGCUGUGCAAGGACGGUACUAGUUGUGCAAGGAGAGUGUGUUUCUUUGCUCAUACUGCUGAGGAACUCCGGCCUCUAUAUGUCUCCACUGGUUCUGCUGUUCUAUCUCCUCGUUCAAGUACUUCUGGUGCUACAGCUAUGGAUUUUGCUGCAGCCUUGAGUCUGUUACCCGGAUCGCCUUCUUCUGUAUCCGUAAUGUCUCCGUCACCUUUCACACCUCCCAUGUCUCCAUCUGCUAAUGGCAUGUCUCAUUGUAAUGUUGCCUGGCCACAGCCCAAUGUUCCGGCCCUGCAUCUUCCUGGAAGCAAUCUUCAAUCUAGUCGCCUCAGAUCUUCUCUUAAUGCAAGAGACAUUCCAACUGAAGACUUCAACUUGCUGCCGGAUUUUGAUGUGCAGCAACAACAGCUGAUAAAUGAGUUAUCUAGCCUCUCUCAGCCCUCUAUGAGUUCUAAUUCUUUAAAUCGAUCUGGUCGAUUGAAGACUCUGACUCCAUCGAAUCUUGAUGAUCUAUUUUCUGCUGAGAACUCAUCUCUGCAGUACUCCGAUCAAGCAUUGGCUGCGGCAGUUUACUCUCCCACCCAUAAGUCUGCUGUUUUAAAUCAAUUCCAGCAGCAGCAAAGCAUGUUAUCACCUAUAAACACAAAUUUUUCUCCUAAAAAUAUUGAACAUCCUUUGUUGCAGGCUUCUCUAUCUGGUAGGAUGUCUCCACGAAACGUAGAACCUAUCUCGCCAAUGAGCUCUCGGGUUUCAAUGUUAGUUCAACGCGAGAAGCAGCAACAGUUCCGCAGCCUAAGCUCUAGGGAGCUGGGUUCUGGCUCCUCUGCCACCGUUGGCUCCCCGGUAAAUUCUUGGUGGGGAUCCUCCAAUGGGAAACCGGACUGGGCGGUCGAUGCAGAUGGCUCAGGCAAGCUUCGCAGGUCAUCUUCAUUUGAGCUUGGCAAUGGAGACGAGCCCGAUUUAUCAUGGGUUCAAUCCCUUGUAAAAGAAUCUCCCACUGAGGUCAAAGAGAAAACAGGUGUGCCUGUUUCAGGUGUAACAGUUAAUGCUUCUACAGGUCUAGGUUCAAGCAUGAACUCUCGAAUUGAUCCGGUCGAUACUGCAGUGUUGGGAGCAUGGAUCGAGCAAAUGAAGCUUGAUGAGCUCGUGGCUCAGCAAAACUGAAAACCAGUUUCACUGAACCCUGAGGUAGAGAUAACAUAAAAAGGUUUUGGUAUAUAACAUUUGUAUUCUUUUUUUUGGGAUUUUGUUGGUGAUGAAUGUAGAAGGGAAGCUAAACAGUAACAGCAAGUGGUGAAGGAAAGGGGGGAAAACAUUCAUUUUUCACCAUUUAUUAUUACAAAGAAACAGUUAAGGAAAAAACAAAGAAGGGUUGAGGAUAACCUUUGGCUAUUUGUUGAAAGAAAUGAUGCCCAAACUUGGGGUGUUUUUUACAUGCAAUAUUUUCUGAGAUUUCUGAUCCUUUGAUGAUGACGGUGAUGAUGAUGAUGUAACAUUCAACUAUAGUUUAUUGCUUAAUUUCUAUUGCAAUAUCUUCAUUGUUACAUAUUACUUUCAGCAACCAGUAUUAAACGUGACGUAGUUAAA